UGAAAGUCAGUGACCUCGCAGGAGCUGCUGCUAAACAGCUCAACAACAAAAAAAAACAGUCACCGUUGUCUGCUGUUGCCUUCACCGUCAGUCAAACUAUCAGAGCCGGACUGUGGCUGCCGUUCGUCGCAGCCAUGCACUGUCUGAGAGGUCUGCGUCUGCCGAACUCUGUUCAACAAAUCGUCAAAAAUACAGAUGCGGCGAAGAAGGUUUUCAUCAUCCAGCCAGCGUGUUGUCUGAGCUCUAAAGCAACAGCCGCGUCCCACCGACGACACGCACACUUGGAUCAUUCCCAUCUCAAAAUGAAUGUACACUCAAAGCCUCCCAGCUCUGGAGUGGAAAGCAUGCUUUUCUACACCAUCACAGAGGGAAAAGAGCAAGUCCCCAUCUCAUACUUUACCUCAGCCCUGAGGAGAACUGGCCUUCAUCCGUCUGACCCCCGUCUAAAGGACUGCAUGGAGAAGCUUCGACAGGCCGUGAAGGAGUCUGCCGGCGAGGUGAUGAUGGACAGGGAACUUUUCCACAGAUGUGUUGGUGGAAACAUCGUCUUGCUGCUCCAGGCCUUCAGGAAGAAAUUUAUCAUCCCUGAGUUUGACGUGUUUGCCCAAAAAAUAAAUGAAAUCUAUGACAGAGUGCAAAAGCAAAGUGAAGGGAAGGUUGCAGACUACAUCCCCCAGUUGGCCAAGUUCAGGCCAGAACUGUGGGGCAUGUCUUUGUGUACCGUGGAUGGCCAGAGGCACUCAGUAGGCGACACCAAGCAGCCGUUCUGCCUGCAGUCCUGCGUGAAGCCCCUGCAGUACGCCAUCGCCGUCCAUGAGGCGGGAACAGAGCAUGUUCACCGUUACGUCGGCAUGGAGCCCAGCGGACUCAAGUUCAACAUGCUCUCACUUGAUGAUGAAGAUAAGCCCCACAACCCAAUGGUGAACGCUGGAGCCAUAGUGAUCAGCUCUCUUAUCAAGCCUCGCUCAAAUAAGGCAGAGAAGUUUGACUAUGUUAUGGAGUUUGUGAAAAAGAUGGCUGGCCAAGAGUAUGUUGGAUUCAGCAAUGCCACGUUCCAGUCAGAAAAAGAAACAGGCGACAGAAAUUUUGCCAUUGGAUACUACAUGAAAGAGAAGAAGUGUUUUCCACUGGGAGUGGAUAUGAUCGAUUCCUUGGAUUUCUACUUCCAGCUUUGCUCCAUUGAGGUGACCUGUGAGUCAGGGAGUAUCAUGGCUGCCACUCUGGCCAACGGGGGAAUUUGUCCAAUCACAGGCGAGCUUGUCCUGAGUGCCGAGGCAGUGCGAAAUACUUUGAGUCUCAUGCACUCAUGUGGCAUGUAUGACUUUUCUGGCCAGAUGGCAUUUCAUACUCUUGCUCUCGUGUCUCAGGUGGGCUUGCCGGCCAAAUCUGGCGUGUCUGGUGCAGUACUGCUGGUAAUCCCCAACGUCAUGGGAGUAAUGUGUUGGUCUCCUCCGCUGGACAGAGUUGGAAACAGCGUCCGGGGAAUACACUUCUGCCAGGAGCUUGUGUCACUCUUCAAUUUCCACAAUUACGACAACUUGAGGCACUUUGUGAAGAAGCAGGACCCUCGCAGGCAGGAUGGGGAUGACAGGAACAAGUCUGUUUUCAACUUGAUGUUUGCCGCCUACAGUGGAGAUGUGUCAGCCCUGAGAAGGUUUGCUCUCUCAUCCAUGGACAUGGAUCUAAAAGACUAUGAUUCUCGGACAGCACUACACAUCGCUGCAGCAGAGGGUCACAUCGAUGUUGUGAAAUUUCUUACUGAAACUUGCAAAGUUGAUCCAUUUGUAGAAGACAGGUGGGGGAACCUACCAGUCGAUGAUGCCGAGCAGUUCGGACGUGACGAGGUGGUGAAGGUGCUGAAAGACUACCAGGAGGUCUGCAGGCAGCAGGAGACGCAGCACACUGAGGCUGAGCGUUCCCCAAAACUGGACACCAUCGAGGGCAUGGUGUGAUGUCUGAAUAGAGGCACCCAAACUGUGAUCCAACAGGGAAUUUGUGCAACCUGUGAGGUUUGUAAAUAUGACUUGUAAGCACAGAGAAAGAGUGCCAAACAGAACCAAACUGAUCAACCUAUCCUGAUCUACUCUAUGUUUUGGUUAGGCCACUCAGCUGUAUGAGUUGACAAAGCAAACUGGUUGUUGCACCAGGAAAGGAAUUCACUCAUUUGGUGAAAAGGAAAUUGUAGAACCAUGCUAAUAGAAUAUAAAAUACAUUAAAAAAAAUACAUUAAGACAAUAGAACUAGUAAAAAAUAAUAAAACAUCAGAGCAUUAACAAUAUAACAACUGUGGGUUUAUGCUGCUUUACAUAUAAUGGGAACAGUUUCAGACUAAUUUCAAAUCAGCACUGGUGAAAUAACAACUCGCACAUAAUGUUGAUGUUGUGAUAAGAUUUAUUUACAUUUAUAUGGAGCAUCUCAGAGGGAUUUGAUGAAGCCAAAAUAUGAUUAUUUAUACCUACAGUGCUUCUUAUAACUUACAGCGGUACUUUAGGUUUCUAUUGUUAUCUGUUUUUAUUUUCUCACUGUGCCGUGUUGAAAACCAAACCAAAGAAAUCCCCUUUAAAACUGUCUGGUAUGUUCAGAGGCAAAAGCUCAUGUUUGAUCUCAAUUCAACAUGAUCCCACUAAAACCUAGUGUGGGAUUCAUUGUAUAUAUUUUGUUCUUGCAGCUGUAAAUAACUGUACUGAAUUCCUGAUACAGAAAUACAUUGUCAUAGAGAGUGUUAUGAUAUUUAUACACAUUUUAACUCUGCAUAAAAAUGAAAUUCCCAAAGGUAAUUUAUUAUGAGGAAUAUUUUGACACUGAAGACAUCUAUUAAAAAUGUUUUAUUUAUCUGCCACC